AAGUGGAGGCCGAAAAGGGAGAAACAUCCGAAAAAAAAUCAAGCAGAAGAUUGAGCUGCUGAUGUCAGUUAACUCUGAGAAGUCGUCCUCUUCAGAAAGGCCGGAGCCUCAACAGAAAGCUCCCUUGGUUCCUCCACCCCCGCCCCCUCCACCGCCACCGCCUCUGGCAGACCCUGCGCCCCCGGAGCCAGAGGAGGAGAUCCUGGGGUCAGACGAUGAGGAGCAGGAGGACCCCGCAGACUACUGCAAAGGUGGCUAUCAUCCAGUGAAAAUUGGAGACCUCUUCAAUGGCCGGUAUCAUGUUAUUAGGAAGCUAGGAUGGGGACACUUCUCUACUGUCUGGCUGUGCUGGGAUAUGCAGGGAAAAGGAUUUGUUGCAAUGAAAGUUGUAAAAAGUGCCCAGCAUUAUACAGAGACAGCCUUGGAUGAAAUAAAAUUGCUCAAAUGUGUUCGAGAAAGUGAUCCCACUGACCCAAAUAAAGACAUGGUGGUACAGCUAAUCGAUGACUUCAAAAUUUCAGGCAUGAAUGGAAUACAUGUCUGCAUGGUCUUCGAAGUGCUUGGCCACCAUCUCCUCAAGUGGAUCAUAAAAUCCAACUACCAAGGCCUCCCAGUACGUUGUGUGAAGAGCAUUAUUCGACAGGUCCUUCAGGGGUUAGAUUAUCUACACAGUAAGUGCAAGAUCAUUCAUACUGACAUAAAGCCGGAAAACAUCUUGAUGUGCGUGGACGAUGCAUAUGUGAGAAGGAUGGCAGCCGAGGCCACUGAGUGGCAGAAAGCGGGCGCUCCUCCUCCUUCGGGGUCUGCAGUGAGUACUGCUCCACAGCAAAAACCUAUAGGAAAAAUAUCUAAAAACAAAAAGAAAAAACUGAAAAAGAAGCAGAAAAGGCAGGCUGAGUUAUUGGAAAAGCGCCUGCAGGAAAUAGAAGAAUUGGAGCGAGAAGCUGAAAGGAAAAUAAUAGAAGAAAACGUCACAUCAGCUGUACCUUCCAAUGAGCAAGAUGAUGAAUACCACCCAGAGGUGAAACUAAAAACAGCAGGAUUAGAGGAGGCAGCCGAGGGUGAGACUGCGAAUAACAACGGUGAAGCUGAGGACCAGGAGGAGAAAGAAGACACUGAGAAAGAAAACACUGAGAAAGAUGAAGACGAUGUUGAACAGGAACUCGCAAACGUAGACCCUACUUGGAUAGAAUCACCCAAAACCAAUGGCCAUAUUGAGAAUGGCCCCUUCUUACUGGAACAGCAGCUGGAUGAUGAAGACGAUGAUGAGGAAGAUUGCCCAAACCCCGAGGAAUAUAACCUCGAUGAGCCGAAUGCAGAGAGUGAUUACACAUAUAGCAGCUCCUACAAACAAUUCAAUGGUGAAUUGCCAAAUGGACGACAUAAAAUUUCUGAGUCCCAGUUUCCAGAGUUUUCCACAUCCUUGUUCUCUGGGCCCUUAGAACCUGUGGCUUGUGGCUCUGCACUUUCUGAGGGAUCCCCGCUUACCGAGCAUGAGGAAAGCAGUCCAUCCCAUGACAGAAGCAGGACAGUUUCAGCCUCCAGCACUGGGGAUUUGCCAAAAACAAAGACCCGGGCAGCCGACCUGUUGGUGAAUCCCUUGGACCCACGGAAUGCAGAUAAAAUUAGAGUUAAAAUUGCCGACCUGGGAAACGCUUGUUGGGUGCAUAAACACUUCACAGAAGACAUCCAGGCGCGUCAGUAUAGAUCCAUAGAGGUUUUAAUAGGAGCAGGUUACAGUACCCCUGCUGACAUUUGGAGUACGGCGUGUAUGGCAUUUGAGCUGGCAACGGGAUAUUAUUUGUUUGAACCGCAUUCUGGGGAAGACUAUUCCAGAGACGAAGACCACAUAGCCCACAUCAUAGAGCUGCUAGGCAGUAUCCCAAGGCACUUUGCUCUAUCUGGAAAAUAUUCUCGGGAAUUCUUCAAUCGCAGAGGAGAGCUGCGACACAUCACCAAGCUGAAGCCCUGGAGCCUCUUUGAUGUACUUGUGGAAAAGUAUGGCUGGCCCCAUGAAGAUGCUGCACAGUUCACAGAUUUCCUGAUCCCAAUGUUAGAAAUGGUUCCAGAAAAACGAGCCUCAGCUGGCGAAUGCCUUCGGCAUCCUUGGUUGAAUUCUUAGCAGAUUCUGCACACACGCAUUCUGAGCUGGCACAUGUUGUCCAGUGCAUUGGCCCUAAAGGGGGACUCUCGUUCUUAACAGGAUUACAAGUGAGCUGGCUUCAUCCUCAGACCUUUUAUUUUGCUUUGAGGUACUGUCGUUUGACAUUUUGCUUUUUGUGCACUGUGAUCCUGGGGAAGGGCGAUCUUUUGUCUUCAGCUUAGUAGUUACUGACCCACUUUACUUCUGGAAACAAUAACAUGUCUCUAAGCAUUGUUUCUUGUGUUGUGUGACAUUCAAAUGUCAGUUUUUUUGAACGAAAAAUACUUUCCUCCUUGUGUU